GCAAGCGCCGACUUGUCAGAAUCUCAUCCAAAGAUCUCCACACCGCACUGCCCAUCGCCAUGUUCGCCUCCACUGUCUUCAAGCGCGGCUUCGCCUCAUCUGCUGUUGCCAACAAGAAGGUUGCCGUUCUCGGCGCUGCCGGCGGUAUUGGCCAGCCCCUCUCCCUCCUCCUCAAGCUCAACCCCCUCGUUACCCACCUGUCUCUCUACGACAUCGUCAACACCCCCGGUGUCGCCGCCGAUCUCUCGCACAUCAACACCAACUCCAAGGUCACCGGCCACAAGGGCCCUGCCGAGCUCGGCGCUGCCAUUGCCAACUCGGACGUCAUUGUCAUCCCCGCCGGUGUUCCCCGCAAGCCCGGCAUGACCCGUGAUGAUCUGUUCAACACCAACGCCGGCAUUGUCAAGACCCUUGCCGAGGCUGCUGCCCAGCACGCCCCCAAGGCACACAUCCUCGUCAUUGCCAACCCUGUCAACUCCACCGUCCCCAUCGUUGCUGAGGUCCUGAAGAAGCACGGCGUCUUUGACCCCAAGCGUCUCUUUGGUGUCACCACCCUCGAUGUUGUCCGUGCCUCCCGCUUCGUCUCUGAGGUUAAGGGCACCAACCCUGUUGACACCAAGGUCACCGUUGUCGGCGGCCACUCUGGCGUCACCAUCAUCCCUCUCCUUUCCCAGACCGGCCACAAGUUCACCCAGGAGGAGCUCGAGAAGCUCACCCAUCGCAUCCAGUACGGUGGUGAUGAGGUCGUCAAGGCCAAGGACGGAACUGGCUCUGCCACCCUCUCCAUGGCCCAGGCUGGCGCCCGCUUCACUGUCUCUCUCCUUGAGGCUCUCAGCGGCAAGAAGAACGUCGUCGAGCCCUCUUAUGUCUUCUCUGAGGUCGCCAAGAAGGACGGUGUUGAGUGGUUCUCCUCCAACGUCGAGCUCGGCCCUGAGGGUGUUGCCAAGGUCCACCCUCUUGGUGAGCUCUCGGCCUUUGAGCAGAAGCUCUACGCUGAUGCCAUCCCCGAGCUCAAGAAGAACAUUGCCAAGGGUGUUGAGUUUGUUGCCAAGAACUAAGCGCCUGCCCGUGCGUUUGCAGCGUGGUGCUCUGCGAUGUAUAUUUUUGGAAGGGAUGCUGUGUGAUUACGUGCACAAUUGAUGAUCCGAGAAUACACCUUGGAUACAAGCCCUCA